AUCGAUCGAUCCGGCUAUUUACAUGAUUUAUCCUUUCAAUUCUGCUUAUAAAGUUGCAAUUGCCCCCGAAACAUGCCACCCUGCUGUAAGCUCUCAUUGGGGUUCAUCGGCAGCACGACGCGAUGAGAUUCCUUUCUGUGACUGCUGUCGCCUUACUGGCGGCACAAGCAGCUGGUGUCUCCAUCAAGCAUCACCUCCAUGGCUUCACGCUUCUGGAACACCCCGACCCGGCGAAGCGUGACUUGUUGCAGGACAUUGUAACAUGGGAUGACAAAUCUCUUUUCAUUAAUGGAGAAAGGAUUAUGAUAUUCAGUGGAGAAGUGCAUCCGUUUAGAUUACCGGUGCCUUCACUGCACCUCGACGUUUUCCAAAAGAUCAAGGCUCUUGGCUUCAAUUGCGUAUCUUUUUACAUCGAUUGGGCGCUGCUCGAAGGGAAGCCUGGCGAAUACAGGGCAGAGGGUAUUUUCGCCCUGGAACCUUUCUUCGAUGCAGCCAAGGAGGCAGGGAUUUAUCUGAUUGCCCGUCCCGGUCCGUACAUCAACGCCGAGGUUUCAGGUGGUGGUUUUCCCGGGUGGUUGCAGCGGGUCAACGGCACCCUCCGCUCGUCUGACAAGGCGUUUCUUGAAGCUACUGAUAACUAUGUCGCGCAUGUCGCUGCUACGGUGGCAAAUGCUCAGAUCACAAACGGCGGGCCUGUAAUUCUCUAUCAGCCCGAAAACGAAUAUACUGGUGCUUGCUGCGGGGUUGAUUUCCCAGAUGCAGACUACAUGCAAUAUGUUAUGGACCAAGCUCGGAACGCUGGUGUGGUUGUGCCUUUCAUCAGCAACGAUGCCUCAGCUUCAGGACAUAAUACUCCUGGAUCUGGGGUAGGUGCUGUCGAUAUCUAUGGCCAUGAUAGCUAUCCACUCGGCUUCGAUUGCGCAAACCCUUCUGUAUGGCCCAAGAAUAAAUUGCCCGAUAAUUUCCGAAAUCUCCAUCUCGAACAAAGCCCAUCAACACCAUACUCACUUCUUGAGUUCCAAGCGGGCGCUUUCGACCCCUGGGGCGGACCUGGCUUUGAAAAAUGCUAUGCUCUCGUUAAUCACGAGUUUUCCAGAGUGUUCUAUAGAAACGAUUUCAGCUUCGGAGUUUCUAUCUUUAACUUAUACAUGACCUUCGGCGGUACAAACUGGGGAAACCUCGGCCACCCCGGAGGAUAUACAUCCUAUGACUAUGGCUCGCCGCUAACUGAGACGCGGAACGUUACGCGGGAGAAGUACAGCGAUAUCAAGCUCCUCAGCAACUUUGCCAAAGUAUCCCCGGCCUAUCUCCUCGCUACUCCCGGAAACUUGAGUACCGGGGUCUACACAGACACCUCUGAUUUGGCUGUCACCCCAUUGCUGGGUGACCCUUCGGGCUCCUUCUUUGUGGUCAGACAUACGGACUAUUCCAGCCAAGAGUCCACCUCGUACAAGCUCAGGCUUCCUACAAGCGCUGGUAACCUGACCAUUCCGCAACUGGAGGGUAGCCUGAGCCUGAAUGGACGUGACUCGAAAAUUCAUGUUGUCGAUUAUAAUGUGUCUGGAACGAACAUUAUCUAUUCGACAGCUGAAGUCUUCACCUGGAAGAAAUUCCAUAAUAGCAAGGUUCUAGUUAUCUACGGCGGACCCAAAGAGCAUCACGAACUAGCCAUUGCCUCCAAUUCAAAUGUAACUGUCAUUGAGGGUUCAGAUUCUGAAAUUACCACGAAGAACAAGGGAAGCUCUGUUAUCAUUAGCUGGGAUGUCUCGCCUACACGCCGCAUUGUCCAAAUCGGUGAUUUGAGAGUGUUCCUGCUCGAUCGAAACUCUGCUUAUAACUACUGGGUUCCUGAGCUUCCCACGGACGGUACCUCUCCCGGCUUCAGUACUUCGAAGACGACCGCCUCAUCCAUCAUUGUCAAAGCCGGCUACCUUGUCCGUGGCGCUCACCUAGAUGGUGCUGACCUUCACCUUACUGCUGAUUUCAACGCGACAACCCCGAUCGAAGUGAUUGGGGCUCCAACCAGUGCUAAGAAUCUAAUUAUCAAUGGCGAAAAGGCGAGCCACACCGUCGACAAGAACGGAAUCUGGAGCAGCGAGGUCAAGUAUACGGCUCCAGAAAUCAAGCUCCCUAGCUUGAAAGAUUUGGAAUGGAAGUACCUGGACACGCUCCCUGAGAUCCAGCCUUCAUAUGAUGACUCCGCCUGGCUGUCUGCAGACCUCCCAACGACAAAGAAUGACCACCGUCCUCUUGACACUCCAAAAUCACUGUACUCUUCCGAUUAUGGUUUCCACACUGGCUACUUGAUCUACAGAGGCCACUUUGUUGCCAACGGCAAGGAAAGCGAGUUUUUCAUCCGCACACAGGGUGGCAGUGCAUUCGGAAGCUCUGUAUGGUUGAACGAGACGUAUCUGGGUUCUUGGACUGGUGCAGAUUUUGCCGCGGACAAUAAUUCGACCUACAGACUUUCUCAACUCGAGUCGGGCAAGCACUAUGUGAUCACCGUAGUUGUGGAUAACCUGGGACUCGACGAGGAUUGGACGGUGGGUGAAGAAGGGACGAAGAAUCCUCGUGGUAUUCUCAACUAUGACCUCCGUGGACAAGAUGCCAGCGCAAUUACCUGGAAACUCACAGGUAACCUUGGGGGCGAAGACUACAAGGAUAAGACCAGAGGGCCUCUCAACGAAGGUGGACUCUACGCAGAGCGUCAAGGAUUCCAUCAGCCUCAGCCCCCGAGCGACUCAUGGAAAUUGGGUAGUCCCCUUGAAGGUCUGUCGAAGCCUGGUAUUGGUUUCUACACUGCCCAGUUCGACCUCGAUCUCCCCAAAGGCUGGGAUGUGCCGCUCUACUUCAACUUUGGCAACAACACCAAGGCGGCUCGAGCACAGCUCUACGUGAACGGAUACCAGUACGGUAAGUUCACUGGAAAUGUUGGACCUCAGACCAGCUUCCCUGUGCCCGAAGGUAUCCUGAAUUACCGUGGCACCAACUGGGUGGCACUGAGCCUUUGGGCCCAGGAGACGAACGGUGCGAAGCUGGGAAGCUUCGAAUUGUCAUACACCACACCGGUGCUGACUGGAUACGGGGACGUUGAAUCACCCGACCAGCCCAAGUACGAGCAGCGCGAGGGAGCGUACUAAUCUGCUUAUUGUUGAAGUAGCUGUGAGGGGUAAUGUUAAGGAAUGUGCUAUGCGAAGGAUAUACAGUAUAUAGCUG